UGCGCCUGUGCUUGCUCUGGGGAUGGGAGCCUUGCGUGUUUGGCAUUGGGUUUCGGGGACCUGGCGGCCCGGGUUCGUAGCUGGCGUACGGCGGAGAGAUGCAGGCUUCGGCACCAAGGCCGGGCGUCGGCCUCAACCUCAAGCUUCCAGCAAGAGCAAGGACCCAGUGGAUGACCAGCCCUUCCCGGGGCUUCUGCGGACAGAGAACCUCGGCGUGGAAGAGCUGGUUGACGUGCUGAAGGCAGCUGUGGUAGAUCAGAAAGGACCUCUGGUGACACUGAACAAGCCACAGGGUCUGCCUGUGACAGGUAUGGGCACAGGGAGACCCGGGGAGCUGACGUUGCUUUCUGUGCUGCCACAGCUGAGCCAGGCCCUGGGGCUUGGACACCGGGAGCUCCAGGUUGUGCGAGCACCUGGAAAGGAGGCCUCUGGGCUUGUGCUCCUCUCCAGCUGUCCCCAGACAGCAAGCCGCCUGCAGAAGUUCUUCGCUCACUCCAGGAGAAGCCAGAGGCCCACAGCCACCUACUGUGCCAUCACUGAUGGCAUCCCUGAGCCUUCUGAGGGGACUGUCAGCGUGGCUCUGAAGCUGGAACGCGUGGAUGGCAUUGAUCUUGCAGUCCCAGCGGCAUCCCCAUCUCGAAAGGACAUCCUAGAAGGUGUCAAGAGGACCCUCAGCCAUUUUCACGUGAUGGCCACAGGCUGUGGCUGUGCCCUGGUCCAGCUGCAGCCACUGACAGUGUUUCCCAGUCAACUGCAGGUGCACAUGGCUCUGCAGCUCUGCCCGGUGCUUGGAGACCACACCUGUGCUGCUCGAGUGGGCACUGUUCUGGGCCAGCGCUUUCUGUGGCCAGCCACGACCACCAAACCCCAGAUACAGGUCCUGGAUGAAGCUCUCCUCAAACGCCUCCGCCUGAGUCCUUCCCAGGUGGCCCAGAUGCCCUUGCACCUGCACCUGCACCGCCUCCUCCUCCCAGGCACCAGAUCCAGGGACCCUCCCAGUGAACUUCUGGCGCCCGUGCCCUCUUACUUCUCUCGGACCCUGCAGUGCCUGCGGCUCUCCCAAAAAUAGACAGCGUUUGACCCCCAAUUGGAAAAUGGAAAGAGGAAGAGCUGUGACCCACGUCAUGGACAGUGGGGUUGGUGCUGAGCACAGCCAAGGUCCUGGGCUCCUUAGUCUGCCAAUCUAAGAUCAAAUCCCAGUUAGGCUACUUGCUUGCUGUGUGGCGUUGGGCAGUUGACUUUCCUCUGGACUUAAUAAAAGUCCUACCUCAUAAGCCUGCUUUUGAAGAUUUACUGAGAAAGCAAAUGUUAACCAGGGACUGUGCUCUGCUCAAGUGAACAGCGGCCAGGUCUGGAGGUGGCAUCUGCCCUACUCCUAGCCAGGAGGAGCUUUGUUUGACUUUUGAGACUGGGCCUCUCUGUGUAUCCCUGGCUGGACUGGAGCUCAGAGAUCCACCUGCCUCUGCCUUCCGAGUACUGGGGGCCAGGCAUGAACCACUGUAUCUGCAUGAGCUCUUCCAACUUUGAUUUCAACACCCAGCUCCCCUCCCCAACCUGCCCAGGACACAGACACAGGCUACAGAUAGUGCUGGCAGCUAAUGCUCUGCAGGUAGGAAAU